AGUUGCAAGACAGAAUCCCGCUCUGCUAGACAGACAGUUCUGAGAUUACGACGCGGGGCUGUAAAGCAAAACCAGGGAAGCUUUACGAUACCUGAGUGCUUCUUACAGGCGCCGUCUAACCAAAAUGAACAGGUUGUUGCUCCACGUAGUUCUACUGAUGGUGGUGUUGGUACGCGAUACAUCCACCUCCAAGAUAUUGAUCGUAGCACCAACAGCAUCCAUCAGCCACCAAAAGCCAUUUCAGAUUUUAACGAAGGCUUUGCUUCAACGAGGCCACGAGGUUACGUUUUUCACAACCGAUCCUCUCACGGUAUCCCACGAGAAUCUUACGCAGAUAGAUAUAUCUGUGACAUACAAACUGAUAAGGCAAAUGGAUUUUGUAUCUAUGACUGAGAUGUCACCUCUACAGACUGUUGCGAUUUUCUCAGACAUGGGAGUUAACGUGGUUAGGGCUCAGCUGAGUGAGCCGGCGGUGCAGGAUUUCAUUAGGAAAAACCACACGUUCGACCUGGUGAUGUUCGAGAGGCUACCUUACCAGGCCUAUCACGGCCUCUUCCACAAGGUCGGGUCGCCUCCGUUAAUUGGCGUCGUGACGAUGACGGCGAUGUCGGCCAUGUAUUACAGCCACGGAAAUGCAAUGAACCCAGCCUACCUACCCGAGGUCUGGUUGGGGUUCUCCGAUCACAUGACCUUCUGGCAACGCAUGUACAAUACGUUCUUCUACCUCCGGUUCUACCAUCUUUGGUAUUGCGAAAUUCUCCCACGGCAAGACAACAUCAUGAGAGAGUACUUCGGAGCGGACCCGCCUUCCGUUUUCGAAACUGAGCAUAACUACAGCUUAUUUAUCGUCAACAGCCACUUUUCGACGGAGUAUCCACGGCCACACCUACCGAGUGUCAUAGAGGUCACUGGCAUCCAUGUAUCGCCAAAGACAGAACGAUUACCAAAGAACCUGCAGGAAUUCCUCGAUGGAGCCGAACACGGUGUCAUCUACUUCAGUCUCGGCUCGAACGUCCGAAGCAACGCUCUGCCAAUGGAGAAGAUCCAGGCCUUCCUGGAGGUGUUCAGGCAGCUGCCGCAGCGCGUCCUCUGGAAAUGGGAGAACGACUCCAUGCCCUCUCAGCCAGAAAAUCUAAUGGUCAGCAAGUGGCUGCCGCAGGAAGCCGUCCUUGCUCACCCGAAAGUUCGUCUCUUCAUUACGCAAGGUGGUCUCCAGAGCAUGAAUGAGGCCAUGUACCACGCGGUUCCGUUUCUGGUCAUCCCAUUCAUGGCCGACCAGCCACAUAUAGCUGCCAAGAUUGCCCAAGCAGAGAUCGGCUUGAGAAUGGAGUUGAGAGACGUUACGAUGGACACACUACUGUCUGCUAUACGAACUGUUUUGGAGGAUCCAAAGUACAUGGAUAACAUGAAGAGGCUGUCGGCCGUGUUCCGCGAGCACAGGGCAGACUCCCUGGAGCGCGCCGUGUGGUGGGUGGAGUACGUGAUCCGUCACAGGGGCGCCCCUCACCUGCGCAGCGCCGCCCUCGACCUGCACUGGUGGCAGCUGAUGCUGCUCGACGUCAUCGCCUUCCUGCUGGCGGUCGCCGCCCUCACGCUCUGCCUCGUCUACUUCGCCACGCUGCGAGUAGUCUCCUUCUUCAAAGGCAGCAAACAAAAGCAGAAGAAACAGUGAUCAUUCAAAAAAUACACUGUGGACAGUGUACGGUUUCGUAAUCUGAGCUUCGAUAAUCUUGCCAUGCCCCCAGUUCCUAAGGAAUAGGAAAAUCCAAAAUGUAACACAUUAUAUGUGUUUUAUUUUCUGCCAGACGGAAGUGUGCAUCAAAUUAAUGUUGCGAUAGUUUGCAUGCUGGUAUUGUAUAAUUCUCAGGCACGCCUGGGUGGCAAUUCAAGCUGUACUCUUGCAAGAAAACCAAAUGGCAAUCGGAGUUUUAUGUUUUCUGUAUUUUUUUACUUGAAAAACAAGAUCGUUGGAUCUUUCAAAAAUUCACGAGAAAUUAUACUAUUUCAAUGAAAUAAUCCGCGGCAAUGACAGCCGUCCUGACACUAAAUAAAAAGAAUUUUGCAGCGAGUACGGAUCGUUUCGUUCACAAUGUGGAAAUAUGGCUUCAGUUGCCCGAAAUUUAAAAUAACAUGGUCAAAAUCGACUUCAUUCAUAAUUCUCGAAUUCUUGGCCGAUUUUGUUGCCGGAGGUCAUUGCUGCGUCAUUGAUUGCUCGCUUGCAACGUCGCUGGCCUGAGAUGAUUCUCAGCCGACGCACUUUUUUUUAACUAUGGGACAUGAUCUACGAGCAUUUGUAUGAACUUCCUAAAUCGUAAAUACGAAACAAAGUUGGUAAUCGCUGGUUUGAGUCUCGUUUAGGUCACUACUAUUUUUUCGCGUUCCUAUUUUCCAUUAUCCAACAUAUACUAAUCAAUACAUAUAUAAAUGUACUGUAGUCUUCUUCUGAAAAUCAAUGUAAUUGCCAUGAUCGCUAUGUUCACAUAUUUAUUGGAUUAGUAGUCUCGGAAAAAUGUAUUGUCAUCCUCAGAUCUGUAAAAAGGAAAUAUGUCGAGGUUACACGCUUACAGUAAUAUAAAGAGUGUAGUAAGAGCUCAGUGGCAGAUUAGUCUAAGUACUCUGUCGCAGCCUACAUGGCAUAAUACAACGAAGUGGCAAAAUGUGCUACGUGUGUGUCUUUUUGGUGCCUUUUGUACUCAAACUUGUAAAUAUUUUAUUAUAGUACACUUCGAAUGUCAUUGUAAUUCCUUGGCUUUUUGUGGUGUUUUUAUUUAAAAUUUUACUUACUGGAGGUAUUCAUAACUAUUUGUUGACUUCGGACUGUAUCCAUCCAAAUGAAUGGAAUUUUAUGAAGUUAUUAUUUUACACUCAGUGUGUAAGCAUUGUAUGGUCUAACUAACACUGCCCAGUUUUAUGGAUAUGUAAGUUUUGUCAUUGAGCUAUCGUGUAUGCUCAAAUGUAUCUUUUGUAUGUAACCUCGACAGAUUUCCUAUUUAUGGGUCUGAGGACAGCAAUGCAUAGUGCCUAAACUAGUAAUACAGUAAUGACCUUAAAAAAGUGAUCAUGGCAAAAAAAAUUGGUCUUCAAAUGAAGACUACGGUAAGAAAUUAUAGAUCGCCUUCUGCACUGAAUCAUGACGUCAGGUAUCUGUAACAUACAUAAAGUCAAAAUUCAUACUUCUUAUUUCUAAUUACAUAUCGCAAACAAAAUGUAAGUUCUGAAUUACUGAUCUUUUACAACAGAUUGUUAAGAAGAAUUGUUUAAAUUAAAUCAAAUAUUACAAUUUUUAAAUUUAUGUUUUGUACAUUUUACGCUUCACGAAAAUGCUCGUUGAACAUGCACCCUCUCUCUCCCUUUCCUUGUGCCUGUGUCCCACACCUUCGCAGGCUCUGCAUGGUUAUCGUCUGAUUUGGCAAGGUUAAUUUAUGGGGUGGCCGGAUGCCCUUCCUAUUGCCAACCCGGUGCAUAGCAGGAUGAUGAAGGCAACACAACACGGUCACGAGGACAACACAACACCCAGUCCCUGAGCGGAGAAAAAUCGCCGACCCAGCCGGGAAUCGAACCUGGCACUCUUGACGCGGCAUUCACCCGCGCUGAAUAUUCAGCUGUCGGGGCGGACUCGUUGAACAUGCACUAUUGUUCAAAAAUUAGCAUCAACCAGGAAACUAUCCUGGGCCACGUAUAGUACACGUGAGGAUUCUACCACAGGUCCAGGUGGCGCCUCGAUAGAGUCGGUCAUAAACUAUCGGUUUAAAGACGCUCGUGAAAAUCUCAAAGUUGGCUACCUGCAGAGUUUUUAAAGUUACGUCCGUUAGAUAGCCUUUUGAUUGUCGCCCGUGGAGAGUGAAAUGAGACGCCAGGACGGCAGUGGAUUUGUUUAUUUAACUUAUUUAUUCCCGCCCUCAGCAGUCGUACAUCAGGAACAGCUUGGCGCAGGCGUCCAGUUGCCUCUCGUGCGACGUCCGGCAUUGCUCACAGCGAGAACAGGGGCGGCGAGCGUGACGUCACUCGAACGCCGCCGUAAGCCACGUCUCCGGCUGCGAUGUGAUGACGUCAUGGCAGAAUCUGGUGAUACCCUGGGAGUGGCGUGCCAUUUUAACUGUGUUUGAAACAUUCAUUUGUCACCUGAACAUGGGCUAAGAUGCCAAAAGCCGGUUCGUGAUCGAAUAAAUACAGUUUUGUAGAAUAUUAGGAAGUUUUUCUUUUUCAAUAUUGUAAGGUUUAUAAUUUUAACUGCAAAUAUGUGCUAACUUUAUAAUGCAAUAAACAAAUA